AUGGCUGCUAAUAGUCAGAUGCACAACUUAACUACGCUUAUCAAGAGGCUUGAAGCUGCAACUUCGCGCCUCGAGGAUAUCGCUUCUUCGACCGAGCGUCCUGCCGAUGCCACCGUUCUCAGCCAGGCGAUACCUUCACCUCCAAACCCCUCCCUAGCCGCUCCUCCUCCUCCAGCCGCUUUCGAUUCCAAGGUCACCACUCCCGCUGCCGCGAAGCCUGAACCUGUCGCCGAGCCGCUGCCAGAAUCUAUCGAGGAAUUUGAUGCUUUCCUAAACACUUCUGUCGAUAAAUAUGUGAAGUUGAGCCACCAGCUAGGUGGAUUGGUCGCUGAGCAGGCUGCGCUCGUCAAAUCUGGUUUCCAGGAGCAGCGCAAGUUUCUCCUGAUUUCCACAAAGGCGAAGAAGCCAAACCUCUCUGGACCUGAUCUGCCAGUAUAUGAGAGCCUCAUCAAACCCAUCAACGAGGCACUGAUGGCUGUUACCGAGCUCAAGGACGUCAACCGUCCUAGCCCUAUGUACACGCAACUCAGCACUGUCUCUGACGGUAUCAUGGUUCUCGCAUGGGUUACCAUUGACACUCGCCCCUAUAAGCACGUGGACGAGUGCCUUGGCUCGGCUCAGUUCUUUGGAAACAGAGUUCUGAAGGAGCAGAAAGAUAAGGACCCCAAGCAGAUCGAAUGGGUUCAGAGUUUCUAUCAGAUGUUCCGCGAUCUUGCCGAUUAUGUCAAGCAAUACUUCCCAACGGGCAUUCCAUGGAACCCGAAUGGCCAGCCUGCUCAGGAAGUUCUCAAGUCAUUGCCUGCUGGUUCCGCGCCUGCUUCCGCUCCCGCUGCCCCGGCACCUGCUGCUGGUGGUGCUCCUCCACCACCUCCUCCCCCUCCCCCUCCCCCUCCUCCUGGCCCUCCACCUGUUCUUGAUAUCAAGACAGAUGAUGCUCCUGCGCCUGCAUCAUCUGGUGGACUCGGAGCUGUCUUCUCAGAGCUCAACAAGGGCGAUGCCGUCACUAAGGGUCUGCGUAAAGUGGACAAGUCCGAAAUGACGCAUAAGAACCCCUCUCUUCGCAGUGGCUCAACGGUUUCAAGUGGCCAGAGGGGUAAGAGCCCAGCCCCUGGCAAGAAGCCUAAGCCUGAGAGUAUGCGUAUCAAGAAGCCAGCCAAGAAGGAGCUAGAGGGCAAUAAGUGGACUAUUGAAAACUACGAGAAGGAGGCCGAGCCAAUCGAGAUUGAGGCCUCACUAACACACUCGGUUCUCAUCAGCCGUUGUAAUAACACCACCAUCAUUGUCAGGGGCAAGGCCAACCAGGUCACAGUCGAGAAUUCUACCCGUCUGUCCUUGAUCGUUGAUACCCUUGUUUCGACAGUUGAUGUCGUCAAAGCCAACAACUUUGCUCUUCAGGUCAUGGGCACUAUCCCAACCGUCAUGUUGGAUCAGGUCGACAGUGCCCAGAUCUACUUCAGCAAGGAGAGCAUAGGAACCAAGGUUUUCACCAGCAAAUCAGCGGGUGUCAACCUCAACGUUAUUUCUGGCGCAGACGAUGACUACAAGGAGGUGCCCCUGCCUUCGCAAAUCUGCUCUUACUACGACGAGUCCAAGGGAGACUUGGUCAACGAAAUUGUUGCCCAUGCCGGCUAA